AUGUGUCAUUGGGGUGAAUGUCAAGCGUUGAAUAGUGUAAAACGUUGCCGUUUCUGUGGUACAAAAUUCUGUACAGAAUGUGGACGUGGUGAAUUCUACGGUGUAAUGGUGACAUUUGAUAACUGUCAAGUGUGUAAGGCAGCAGAUUAUCAAGAGGCUGUACCAGAACCUCAAAAGCGAAUUCUUCCAGUGGUAGUGGUGAAAAAGAAAAAGCCUAAGACACCAAGUCGACGAAGACUAUACUAA